ACUUAACGGUGCUGCGCAACACAGCGACAGGAGAAUCCAGAUUUCUCUCCAUUUGGGCCUUUUUUUUCUUCUUUUCUUUCUCUGGGCUGCGUUCCUCGUCAGCUGCUUGCAUGGGCGUCGAUUAAGUGGCGACCAAAAACAAACGUAAAACAAUAUUUUUUUUUUUCUGUCCGAGAUGACACCGUGUUUGUUCAGUGCGGUGAAAUGAGGCAGGGGGCGGACAGUCGCCAGAGAGACGCUGAGCUCCGGCCAAACAUUUCUGCAUGUUAGCGUACGAUUUGCAUCAUCUUCUCUAGUCGUUAUAUUCCUAUCUUUUUUUUGUUUUGUUUCUGUGUGCAAAGUGCACGGUGGAUGGAAGAUGCAGCUGCUUUGAGGACAAGCCCCCUCCUUUCCCCCCUCCUCCCCCUCCUCCUCCUCCUCCUCCGUGCAUCCAUCGCUGCCAUGACAGGCGGAGGUCUGCUCCCCACCGCGGCUCGGCCGGCCGGAGAAGAGGCGGAUUGAUUCGGGGCCGGUGGAUCUCAAACGUGAGAAAACGUUGCUCGGCCACCGCGAUUGUCACUCAGGGAAGAACGCCAACAUGUCCUCUCGAUCUGCAUUACCGUCUGGUAACGACAGGAGCACUGGAGACCACCAUGUGUUGCUGGGGGCCAGCCGUGCAGACAAAGCUACGAGCCAGUCCAGUCGUUCUCUCGGCGCCCGGUGCAGGAACUCAAUCGCUUCCUGCUCUGACGAGCAGCCGCACAUCGGCAACUAUCGUUUACUCAAGACCAUCGGCAAAGGAAACUUUGCCAAGGUCAAGUUGGCACGCCACAUCCUGACAGGCAAAGAGGUUGCAAUAAAAAUCAUCGACAAAACUCAGUUGAAUCCAACCAGCCUACAGAAGCUCUUUCGAGAGGUACGUAUAAUGAAAGGCUUGAAUCACCCCAACAUAGUGCAGCUGUUCGAGGUGAUUGAGACGGAUAAAACUCUUUACCUUAUCAUGGAAUACGCUAGCGGAGGUGAAGUGUUUGACUACCUCGUUUCGCAUGGAAGAAUGAAGGAGGUUGAAGCCAGAGCCAAAUUUCGACAGAUAGUUUCCGCUGUCCACUAUUGCCACACAAAGAAUAUUGUCCACAGAGAUUUGAAGGCGGAGAACCUCCUGCUGGAUGCCGACGCCAAUAUCAAGAUUGCCGAUUUCGGUUUCAGCAAUGAGUUCACUCUGGGCAACAAGCUGGACACGUUCUGUGGCUCACCGCCCUACGCUGCCCCCGAGCUUUUUCAGGGGAAGAAGUAUGACGGACCGGAGGUGGAUGUGUGGAGCCUCGGAGUUAUCCUGUACACGCUGGUCAGCGGCUCCCUCCCUUUUGAUGGCCAAAACCUAAAGGAGCUGAGGGAGCGUGUGCUGAGGGGAAAGUACCGUGUGCCCUUUUACAUGUCCACAGACUGUGAAGGCAUCCUUCGCCGAUUCCUGGUGCUCAAUCCCUCCAAACGCUGCACCCUAGAGCAAGUCAUGAAGGACAAAUGGAUAAAUUCAGGGUAUGAGGGUGAGGACCUAAAGCCCCAUAUAGAACCCGUUGAGGACUACAGCGACGCCGCCCGCAUCGAGGUGAUGGUCGGCAUGGGCUUCACCCCUGAGGAAAUCAAAGACUCUCUGCUCAAUCAGAAAUACAAUGAAGUCACAGCCACAUACUUACUACUGGGCCGCAAAGGCGACGAGGGCAGCGAGGCCCGUUCAGCCAGUACGCUGUCCUUGGCAAGAGUGAGACCCAGUCCUAUUACCAACGGAACCAACAAACACUCUUCAACAACUGGCUCCUCAUCCUCUUCCACCUCCUCCUCACAUAGCAAGACACAGCGCAGUGCCUCCACUUACCACCGGCAGCGACGACAUAGCGACUUCUGCGGCCCCUCCAUGCCCGUCAUGCACCCCAAACGGAGCCCCACGAGCACAGGUGAGAGGGAGCUGCGAGAGGGACGAAUGCCUUCGCGUAAAGCUAGUUGCAGCGUGAUGGGAAGCCACAGCCUUCCUCCGUCCAGCCCGAUGGUCAGCAGCGCCAACAACCCCAACAAGUCAGAGAUCCCAGACCGCCGCAAAGACAUGACCGCCACCACCAACAACAUCCCUGGAAGCGCCAUGACCCGCCGGAAUACAUACGUUUGCACGGAUCGUACAGGUGCUGACAGACACUCUCUCCUGCAGAAUGGCAAAGACAACAGCUCUUUGAGCCACCGCUUGCCUGCAGCCUCUCCCUCCACACUCAGCAUUUCCGGGGCCGGAGCUGCAUCUUCCUCCUCUUCUUCAGACCGGUGCCGCCUGACCCGGGGUUCCACAAUCCGCAGCACCUUUCACGGGGGGCAGCUGAGGGACCGUGGCCCUCCCAUCUACUCGGCGCCGCCCACUUCACCCACCCUGUCCCACCAUGAUGCCAGCCCGUUGCCCCAUGUUCGCACCAGGGCGACGUCCAACCUCUUCACCAAGCUGACCUCCAAACUCACUCGCAGGGUCACAAAUGAAUCUGAGGGAAUCAGGAGAUUUGCGGUCACAAGUUGCCAUCUACCUGGGUAUCAAAAAGCGCCCGAGUCCCGGGCCGUCGGACGUGGCUGGGAUCUGAGAGGAAGUGGGCGACGGGACCCUGCGGAGGUGGUACUUGCUCUGCGGGAGGCAGCGCUCAGAUGUGGCUGCCAGGUACACCACGCCGGCCCUUUUCUGCUGUCCUGCACCCAUGGCGCGGCGGGGGGCUGCGUGGCUUUCGAGGCGGAGGUGUGCCACCUUUCCACGGGCGCCUCCGGGACUUCUAACGGUGUGCGCUACACGCGACUCUGGGGGGCACCUCUAGCUUUUCGGGACGUCGCCACUCAAAUAUCCAAGGAUCUUGAACUUUGAACGGAGGGUGUGUGUGUGCGUGCGUGAGUGUUUGUGUCUGUGUUUUUGUGAAAAGGCAAGUGGGUUGGACAAUUUUGAAAUAGUGGCGCAAACAGGGCAAGGGGCUGGACCCAAAAGAAAAGACUUACUGUCUCGUUCACCACGAACCCACACACAGACGCGCACACAGACCAGACCCUUAAUGACACACAAAAACACACACUGAGGCGCCCCUCCAACCCUAUUCGCCCCUGCACCACCCCCUUCAUCUCCCAGUCACCCUACAAAGCUCAGCCAUCCUCGCUGAGACGCUUUCACCCACUGGACCUGGAUCUGACUGAAUCUAGUUAAAUAUUUUUUACUACUACUCUAGCCAUAAUAAUAAUAUUUUGAUUUUUUAAUGUAUUGCUCUGAUGGUUGUUUUUAUCCGCUGUUAUUUUUAAUAGUGAAGAAAAUCAUUAAUUUCUUGUGUUGACCUGACUAUACCAUUAACUCUUUUUUUUUUUUAACCCAUAAGAACCAAGACCCAUUUGUGCUUCAAGUAAAAGUAUAUUUAAACUAUGCCACAUACCAAGUGGAACAUGACACAUUUUUGUACUUUGUGUUAAAGCAAAUAACAUUUACAGCAUAAGAUGACUAACUCAUCAAGUCCUUGGCCACCAUGGUUUUCUUAUCAAAAAGGUCACAUACAGUGUUCCCUCACCACGCUGUGGUUGACUUACUACGGUCUCAGAGCAUUGCUGAUUAUAAAAUUGUAAAUAGGUAUUUUUA